AUGGUAAAGGAAAUUUCUCUUUGUCGCCGAACAAAUAUUCGAUCUUUGGCAUGUGCUAUGGAUAUGUCAACGUCAACUAUUUUUCGACGCAUCAAAGAAGGAGUUAUAAGGCCACAUACUAAUGCCAUAAAGCCUCAUUUGACGGAGGAAAAUAAGAAGGCAAGACUUCAAUUUUGUCUGUCAAUGAUUGAGUCUGAACAAGAGCCAAACCCAUAUAGAUCUUGCAAAAGUAAAAAUUUCAUAACAAAAGUUAUGUUUAUGGCUGCUGUUGCGCGCCCUAGGCUUGCUGAAGAUGGAAUUGAGUUAUUUUCAGGAAAAAUAGGAAUAUUUCCUUUUGUGUUCAAGGAACCCGCCAAAAGGAAUAGCAAAAACAGAGUAGCUGGAACUUUAGAAACAAAGCCUAUUUUAUCAGUCACUAAAGAUGUCACUAGGACUUGUUUAAUUGAAAAAGUUCUUCCGGCGAUUCGAUCAAAAUGGCCACUUUCGCAGUCAAAUGCUCCUAUUUUUAUCCAACAAGAUAAUGCGAGACCUCACCUUAGUGUUAAUGACUUGCAAUUUACCGAAGCUGCUCAGCAAGAUGGAUUUGAUAUUAGGCUUUGCUUUCAACCUCCUAACAGUCCAGAUUUAAAUGUUUUGGACCUCGGAUUCUCCAGAGCUAUUCAAUCUCUUCAACAUCAAAUGGCUCCGAAAACUAUUGACGAGUUAGUAAAUGCAGUCGAGAAAUCGUUUAAUGACAUGAAAGUUGAACGGCUGAAUCACGUGUUUCUGACUCUACAAUCUUGCAUGGUUGAAGUGAUGAAAGAUAAAGGUGGAAACAAUUACAAAGUGCCACAUAUGAAAAAAGACAUGCUAGAACGACAUGGAACUCUUCCUACUCAAGUUUGUUGCGAUAUUGGUAUUGUUAAUGAAACUCUAGCUCUGCUUUAA